AUGUCAUCUGUCACUACGCCCGCUAACAACAUGUCGGGUAGUAGCACCAAUGUGGGUGCGCCCAGCAACGCGGCUGUGUUCGAUUCACAGUCUAUGACCCCAUCAAACAAAAUGAGCGAUGACGCCUUCGAGCUCAAAGCUCGUCCCGAAGAGCACCGUGAAAUCCCACAAAAGCCUCUGUCUGAAUAUAUUCUUGUCAUGUCCCUGUGUCUCAUGGUUGCCUUCGGUGGUUUCGUGUUCGGAUGGGACACUGGUACCAUUUCUGGUUUUGUCAACAUGACAGAUUUCAAACGCCGUUUCGGUGAAUUCGACACCGAAACGGGAACCUACUAUUUGUCCGAUGUUAGGACUGGUCUUAUCGUUGCUAUUUUCAAUAUUGGUUGCGCCGUCGGCGGUCUGACUUUGGGCCGUCUCGGUGACAUUAAGGGCCGUCGUCUGGGUUUAAUGAGUGUCAUCGCCGUUUAUGUUGUCGGUAUUGUCAUCCAAAUUGCUUCCACCGAUAAAUGGUACCAGUAUUUCAUCGGUAGAAUUAUCUCAGGUCUCGGUGUCGGUGGUAUCGCUGUCCUAUCGCCAACUUUGAUUUCUGAAACUGCUCCAAAGCACUUGAGAGGUACAUGUGUGUCCUUCUACCAACUGAUGAUCACUCUAGGUAUUUUCAUGGGCUACUGCACCAACUACGGUACCAAAACCUACUCUAACUCUGUGCAAUGGAGAGUUCCUCUUGGUCUCUGCUUUAUGUGGGCCAUUUUCAUGGUAGCUGGUAUGGUCUUCGUCCCUGAAUCUCCACGUUUCUUGAUCGAGAAGGGCAGACUAGAAGAGGCCAAACGUUCUCUUGCCAAAUCCAACAAAUUGACCACCGAGGAUGCCGGAAUCAUCGCUGAAGUCGACCUUAUUAACGCCAGUGUCGAAGCCGAGAAACUAGCGGGCAACGCUUCCUGGGGCGAGCUAUUUUCGCCAAAGGGUAAGAUCCUACAACGUGUUAUCAUGGGUGCUGUCAUUCAAUCUUUGCAGCAAUUGACUGGUAACAACUACUUCUUCUACUAUGGUACGACUAUUUUCCAAGCUGUGGGUCUAGAAGACUCUUUCCAAACUUCGAUCAUUUUGGGUGUAGUGAACUUCAUGUCCACUUUUGUGGGUCUUUACACCGUUGAAAAAUAUGGCCGCCGUAAGUGUCUGUUGUGGGGAUCUGCCGCCAUGUCUGUCUGCUUUGUUGUCUUUGCAUCUGUCGGUGUAACAAGACUAUGGCCAGACGGAAGAGACGCUCCAUCUUCCAAGUCCGCUGGUAACGCCAUGAUUUUCUUCACCUGUCUCUUCAUCUUCUUCUUUGCUACUACCUGGGCUCCUAUCGCUUAUGUUAUUGUGGCCGAAACUUACCCACUUCGUGUCAAAAACCGUGCCAUGGCUAUUGCCGUUGGCUCCAAUUGGAUUUGGGGAUUCAUUAUCGGAUUUUGCACACCUUUCAUUACCUCCGCUAUCAACUUCUACUACGGUUAUGUUUUCAUGGGAUGCUUGGUUUUCUCGUUCUUCUACGUGUUCUUCUUUGUCUGUGAGACUAAGGGUUUGACUUUGGAAGAGGUUAAUGAAAUGUAUCAAGAAGGUGUCCUACCAUGGAAAUCAGAGCAGUGGGUGCCAGCUUUGAGAAGAGAUGAAUUUUACGGUGCUGAGGAAUCUUCCAACUCUAAUGCUUGA